AUGCUCCUAUUUCUAUUUCACCAAAUUUUAGCAAAUGUUGUUGUGUACAGUUUAGGUAAGCAGAAAGCACAUAGACCUUGUACUAAUGACAGAAAUGAAUGUGAUUUCAGUAGAAUUGAUUUUGGUGCAGUUAUAAAAAUAGAAGAAAACGAUGCAGAGUCUCUCAAUGUGGAAUUCUGCCUGAAUAAUUCUGAUUCAGAUUGUAAUAUAUGCAAGUUCUGCUUGAAUAAGAUGAAGAUAGUCAUCAAAAUCACUGAUAUAAAGGUGAUGGUCCCGUUUGUUAAGAGACUACAGCUAUGUUUGUUUGAUGGAUUUGUAUAUUACAAAACCACCCCAAAUAACAAAAUAUACUACUUUGUCGUACAAGACCCACAUAACAUCGUUGGAAUAGCCACUAUAGCAAUUGAUGAUGAUACCGAAACAAUAUUGCAAUUUACAGCAGUCAACCAGAACUUUCCCUAUGCAGCUUACAAAUAUUCAAGAAAAAUCCGACCUAGCCACAAAGUACCACAAUAUAACCAACGAGGAAAAUACCAGUUCAAGAAUCUACUUGCCACAUUUAUAGGCAUCAUUAUAGUUGUGUUAAUAGGAGCCUUAUUAUCAGCUCUAGGAUAUCUAGUAUACCAUUCUACUGUAACCAAACAGUAUAGAAUACGUUGCUGUUAA